AUGUCUCCAUUCUAUGCACCAUGGUGCGGCCACUGCCAGAACCUAAAACCAGCAUACGAAAAGGCGGCGAGGAGCCUCGAAGGAUUGGCCAAAGUCGCGGCUAUGAAUUGCGACGAUGAGGCGAAUAAACAUCUCUGUAGUGUGAUGCGUAUACAAGGAUUUCCUACACUUAGGAUAGUGGUGCCAUCCGACAAGCCUGGGAAACCUAAGCACGAAGAUUAUCAAGGCGCCAGAACCGCGAAAGGUAUAGUUGACGCUGUCGUGGAGAAAAUCCCCAACCACGUGAAGCGCCUCACCGAUAAGGACAUUGACGGCUGGUUGGCAAAUUCCAACGAGACUGCAAAGGCCCUUCUUUUCACCGAAAAGGGAACCACUAGUGCACUCUUAAGGGCUCUGGCUAUUGAUUAUCUAGGAAAGAUCCAUAUUGGCCAAAUCAGGAACAAGGAGACUUCCGCGGUGGACACGUUUGGCAUUACAAAAUUCCCCACCCUCGUUCUUCUCCCUGGAUCAGAUAAACCAUCGAUGGUGUAUGACGGAGAGCUGAAGAAGAAGCCGAUUGUCGAAUUCCUUAAGCAAGUUGCGGAGCCAAACCAAGAUCCUCCAGAGUCUGCUGCCCCUAAAGCCAAGACAGCAAAGCUUAAGAAGCCAGAAAAGUCGACCACCGCCGGCACCACUAGUACCAGCACCACAAAAGCUGCUGCAUCGAGUGACACUCCUAAAGCGUCAGACGGCACCGAGAACCUGAAAGAACCGAAGAUAUAUAAAGGGUCCAAAGCGCGCUCCAAGCCGCAGCAAACCGGGCCAGACCUCCGCAUGUUAUCCACAAGCACUGAUCUCAAGACAACUUGUCUUUCUUCAAAAACUGGAACUUGUGUCCUCGCUAUCGUACAUGUCCCAAGUGACCCGAAUGGGUUGCCGUCAACCCACACACUUGAAGCAUUGGGUUCCCUUGCCGAGAUUGAGCACAAGCACACCUUACGUCAAGGACGCCUUUUCCCCUUUUAUGUUCUCCCGGACUUCAUCGAUGAAGUGCCCACAAUUCAAACUGCAUUAGGCCUUGAAACAGGCGGUGUGGAGAUAAUUGCCAUCAAUGGAAAACGAGGUUGGUGGCGCCGAUACGAUCCUUCCGACGGCAAGAACUACGGUGUUGUUGAUAUUGAGAGCUGGAUUGAUCAGGUCCGCAUGGGAGAGGGCGAGAGGAGAAAACUCCCAGACGGAAUCAUUCCGAGUGACGGGCAGAAGACGUCCAAGCAAAAGCCAAAAGAAAAGCCAAAGGAAGAACCUGCAACUCCUCCACAAAACGAGCCGGAUCCGGAACCGGAACAAGAACCUGAAGCCACACCCUCAGCCACCCCUGAAAUGGAGUCGCAGAAGGAAUCGAAGACCGUGGUUCACGAAGAGCUAUGA